AUGAAUAUAAUUAACUCUAAUACUGUAGAUGAAGGGGUACAUAAUCACAAGGAAGAGAUUAAAAAUGGCUUCACUGACUUAAUAAAAUCAUUGAUAGUAUUUUUGCAAAAGGCUCGUCGAGAAUGGUGCUUAAAACAUGGCAAAAUAAAUGAGUAUAAGAGUGCCAAUUAUUGCUCAAUAAAAGCAAUACAUAGCAAUGACUCAAUACCAACCUACAUACCUCCAACAUUUGAUCCACCUACACGGCUAGAACACUUUACUAGUAAUAAAUAUAAAGCGAAUGAUGAGAUUUUUGAAGUAGUAUACGAAUCAUUACCAUUUAAUACAGGUUGUAGUAUACUAAAAUUGAAAUGUGAAAGGAGAUUGUUGGAAUAG